AUGCUCACAGACCGCCGAACAUGCCUCAGAUUUGAUGACUACACGUCCGCAGAGAUAGCCAUACGCAAUGGGAUCGUACAAGGUGACCCCUUCUCUAUGCUCUUAUAUGUGAUCUACUGCUCGCGGAUGUUACGCAUUGCAGACACCGACCGCCGGAAUGAACUGGUAAUUGGAUACGUUGACGACACAACGCUCCUCGCGCGGGGCAAAACCUAUCACGAC